AUGUCUAAAUUCGGAAUGUGGCAGACCGUCCUUGUCAUCGAAAACGAUAUCCUCAACAAUGGUACACUUUCUAGUAUUCCGGGCAACUCGGGUGACCUCAACCUUGCAGCCAUUAAUAUCGUGGGCGGCGGUUCGUACAAGGGUCUGGAAAAGUACUUCUUGAAAAGCAACCACUUCGAUGCCCCAUCCGCUGAGACCACUAAGGAGUUUAACAUUUCUUACGAUGUAAAGGUUUAUGGAAUUGGCCCAGUAAAGGUAUCAAUCCCGGACUGGCAGUUUCCAGACAUGAAGAAGCUUUUCGCCUCAUGGAACAGCGUGGACAUUCCGCAUCCGAGAGAGGGCUUCGUCGACCCGGUCGGAGUAUACUGGAGCCCCAAUUCGAUAAAUAAAGACACGGCUACCCGUACUACAUUGCGUUCCGCAUACUAUGACCGCAUUGCUUCUAAGCGCUCGAACUUAGAGCUUUUGACGGGCACACACUUUACGUCAAAGAACAUGGGAGUUCAGUCACAGGCUGUCGCAGCGAAAGAGGUCAUUCUUGCCGCUGGUGGUGUCUUUACCCCUCAUCUACUCAUGGUAUCCGGCAUUGGACCAAAGGACGUUCUCCAGGCCGCUGGUGUGACUAUCAAAAUGGACCUCCCAGCCGUGAGUUCCAACUUCCAAGACCAUAUCGCCAACUACAUGAACUUCAACCUCGAAGGCUACGCCAAAGACAGUAUUGUUGCUAUCAACACCAACGCGACCUACAACCAGACGGUCUACGACUUAUACCUCUCCUCUAAGACAGGUCCCUACUCGGUCGGUCGUGCUAAUGGGCUCGUUUUUAUGGCUCUUCAACACUUCGAGCCCACCUAUAAAGCCAUCGUUGAUAAGAUUCGCGCUCAGAGGGCUGAGAACUUCCUUCCUGAGCGUUACUCGAAGAGCGCGCCACUUCUCCACGGGUUCAAGAAGCAAGUUGAUAUCCUAGCAAAACAAUUUGCUGCGGCGAAGGCUGCUGUUGGCGAAAUCGUCAUUCAGCCCUGGGGUUUCUCCGGUAUUGCUAACAACAAGCCUUUGUCUCGUGGGGCCAUCACCUUGAAUACUACACAUCCAGAGGCAUAUCCGAUCGUUCAGUGGAACACCAUCCAGAAUCCGCACUGGGCGCGCCCGGAAUUAGCGAGCUACAACCCCGUCGAAACAAGCCCAGGGCUGCAGUAUCAGACUGAUGAGGAGAUAGUUCAGGGUGGCAUCAAGAGUGGAUCCCUUUCCCCAACAUUUGCACACCCUAGCGGUGGUUGCAGUAUGAUGCCGGAAUCCUUGGGUGGCCGUGUUAACGAGAAGCUGCAGGUAUAUGGCGUCGCAAAGCUGAGCGUCAUCGACGCUAGCAUCAUCCCCCUUAUUCCUGCCACGCAUCUGCAGGCUACCAUGUAUGCAAUUGCAGAGAAGGCGAGUGAUAUUAUUAAGGCGCGUGCGUGA